AUGCGGACGGCGGUGGCCUUGGCGGUGUCGCUGUCGCUGUGCUGGCUGGGGGCGGCGGGGCACAGCCUGCCCCGGCUUCGUCUGUCCUACCGCGAGCUUUUGGGCACCAACCGCUCCAUCCUCUUCUUCGGUCACAGAGGCUUCCUGGGCUUCCGCUCCCUCUACUUGGAUGAGUACCGGGAUCGGCUCUUCAUCGGGGGGAAGGAUGUGCUCUACUCCCUGCUCCUGGAUGGGGCCAAUGCAGACGCCAAGGAGAUCUACUGGCCACCCCUCCCGGGCCAGACAGAGGAGUGUUUUCGGAAGGGGAAGGAUCCAGGGACUGACUGUGCCAACUAUGUCCGUGUGCUGCAUCCCUACAACCGGACACACUUGCUGGCCUGCGGGACAGGCGCCUUCCACCCUGUCUGCACCUUCGUCUAUGUGGGGCCCCGUGGUGAGCACACCUUCAGCCUGGACCCUGCCAGCGUGGAGACCGGCCGGGGCAGGUGCCCACACGAGCCCAACCGUGCUUUUGCCAGCACCGUCAUCGGUGGGUUGUUUUCCUUGGGAUCCAUGAGCCCCUGGGGUGCUGGGCAGGGAUGGUCCCUGUGCCAGCUGGGUGUUUUUGCAGGUGGGGAGCUGUAUGCCGGCCUCACCGCAGAUUUCCUGGGACGCGAUCCCGGCGUGUUCCGCAGCUUGGGGACCCGCUCUGCCCUGCGCACCGAGGUGGACCAGCGCCUACUCCAUGACCCUAAAUUUGUGGCAGCCCACUUGAUCCCAGACAACGACGACCGGGACAAUGACAAAGCCUACUUCUUCUUCACGGAGAAGGUGGUGGAGGCAGACAGCAAGGAGCACGCCAUUGUCAGCCGUGUGGGGCGUGUCUGCGUGAAUGAUGCUGGUGGCCAGAGGGUGCUGGUCAAUAAGUGGAGUACCUUCAACAAAGCCCGGCUGGUGUGCUCUGUCCCUGGCCCUGGUGGCAUUGACACCUACUUUGAUGAGCUGGAGGAUGUCUUCUUGCUGAGGACGAAGGAUGGGAAGAGCCCAGAGAUAUAUGCCCUCUUCAGCACUGUCAGCCAUGUCUUCCAGGGCUCUGCCGUCUGUGUGUACCGCAUGGCCGACAUCCGGGAGGUCUUCAACGGGCCCUUCGCUCACCGGGACAGCCCCCACCACCGGUGGGGUACCUACGAGGGCAGGGUACCCUACCCACGGCCUGGUGUGUGUCCCAGCAAGACCACCAACCAGCCCCGGCGGCAGUACAGCACCACCAAGGACUUCCCUGACGAGGUGCUGCACUUUGCCCGUGCUCACCCCCUCAUGUACAGGCCCGUGUACCCCUGGCACCGCCGGCCCCUCCUGGUGAAGACCGACCUGCCCCACCGGCUGCACCAGAUCGUGGUGGACCGGGUGGAGGCCGAGGAUGGGCAGCACGAUGUCCUCUUCCUCGGGACAGAUGCUGGCUCAGUGCUGAAGGUGGUGGUCCUGCAGAAGGAAAACUCAGCCACGACUGAGGAAGUCAUCCUGGAGGAGCUGCAGGUUUUUAAGGUUCCUGUGCCCAUUACUCAGAUGGAGAUCUCUGUCAAGCGUCAAACACUCUAUGUGGGCUCCAGCCUGGGGGUGGCCCAGGUACGGCUGCACUGGUGCGAGUCCUACGGCUCGGCUUGUGCCGAAUGCUGCCUGGCCAGGGAUCCCUACUGCACCUGGGAUGGCACUGCCUGCACGCACUACCAGCCUUCUGGCAAGCGCCGCCAGCGCCGCCAGGACACCCGUCAUGGUAACCCUGCACACCAGUGUCUGGACCAGAACCUGACGGUGGAUGAUUUUGAGGCUGUUGAGGAGAAGGUGCUUUAUGGAGCAGAGGACAACAGCACCUUCCUGGAGUGCGUGCCCCGGUCGCCCCAGGCCACCGUGCAGUGGUUUGUCCAGAGGCCCCCCGAUGAGCAGCGGGAUGAGGUGAAGACGGACGAUCGGAUCCUGCAGACGGAGCACGGGCUGCUCUUCCGCAAGCUGCACCGGCACGACGCCGGCACCUACUACUGCAAAACCCUGGAGCACGGCUUCACCCAGACCGUGGCCAAGACGGCCCUGGAGGUGAUCCCUGGUGAGCAGCUGGCACACACCCUCCCCCGGGAGCGGGGAGACGAGCCCCUGCGCCUGCUCUGCUCCGAGCCCCGGCUGCCACCACAGGCUCCCAAAGCCUGGUUCAAGGACAUCAUGCACCUGAUCAGCUCCCAGAACCUGCGGCGGGUGGAGGAGUACUGUGCCCGCCUCUGGUGUGGCGGCCGCUCCCACCACCGCAAGAGCAAGCUAGCCCAGGCCAAGCUGGCCCUGGCUGGAGUGGACGUGGGCAAGAAGGGACGGGUGGCCAAACCCCACAGCGAGAGGAACCGUGUGCCCCGGCAAGUGCCAGCCACUUAGAGAGAGUGGGAUGGUGGACAUGGGGUGGCCGUGGGCGAGCACCAGCUCCCCAUGCUGCUGGCAGCCCUGGGGGCCUCCUGCCCUGGCAAUGCUGCCAGCCUGGUCCCCUCGGAGAGGGUGGAUGGGCAGGUCCCUGUCACCCUUGGUGGCUGCAGGGUCACCUCUGAAAUGGACGGUGAGGUGGGAUGCAUUGUCCCCCCCUUGCUCUUGUUGAGUGAUGUGGCAGGUGGGGGCCAUGGUCCCUGAGUGUGUUGGGGCUUGGCAGGCGUGGUGGCACUGCUGUGCUGUCACCCUAGGAGCUGGCUGGCUUCCUCUGGGAAUAAAGGGGCUGAACAUGGCACCACAGGGAUGGCUUUGGGCUCUUUCCAUGCCAGCCCAGAGCCUGGGGAAGAUGAUGCCUGCUCUUAAGAGGGGAAAAACUGAGCCGUACCCCAAAAAACAUCUGUGUCUAGGAUGAGCCCUGUCACCUGCUGUGACUGGGGAGCCAGAGCUGUGCUGUGCCACCCAAUACAUACCCUGGAGGACAUGGCUCCUUCCUACCUUCCCUUGGCACCAGGACUCACUCAGCAGUGCCUGGGUGCAGCUCCCCAUUUCCCUUCUGUCCCCCUGCCCCCAGCCACAGUUUUAGGAUCAGGGAGAAAAGCAAACGGUUAUGGGCAGGUCAGACCUGUUCCUGGGUAAACAUGGGAGAGGCACUGAUGCCACCCCUGUCACUGUGCCCAGGCAGGAGCGGGGACAGGCAGAAGGAACAGUUUGGGGGGGCUGCACCACAGCUGGGGUGUGUUUCUGCUGGUUGGUGGCCCUGGAGGGUGGGGUGGGACGAGGACAGUUUGGGUGGACUCAUGGUGGCUGGUGGAGCCAAACCAGCACCUGGGGUCUCCCCCCAAAUGCAGGGGCUGGGGUAAGUGCAUGGUGAGGUGCUCCUUGCUUUCCUCCCCCGACAUGAGCUCACUCCUGGUCAGCCCCGGGGUGAUAAAGAUCUGCCCCUUCCUGAGGCAGGGCAGCCCCACACAAUGGUGUGAACUGCGGCCCCGCUGGGACGGGCAUUGUUCAGAGCUGGAGGGACGGGAAAGAAAAAUAAAAAUAAUAAUAAUAAUUAAAAGGCCCUAAAUAGC